AUGCUUGACCCUGAACACAAGCCUGAACCUCGGACCAAGAGCUUGAGAAAUAUCGAUUCUACAGCAGGUAGUUACAUUUCGCAGUCUGAAGAGUCUUCCAAGAUGAGCACUGAGGUCAAAUCAGAGGUCAAAGGUCAGACCAAAAAGGAGCCCUUGCAGACACUACAGUCAUCUGUCUCAACUCUGAAGAACAGUACAGAGCUUACCAUUUCGAUGGACACAAAGCCAGUGGAAAUAUCAAAUGUCUAUCCGACUGAUAUUUUAGAUACAGUCUAUGACGCGUCACGGACAAAAUCUGUCAAGGAUUCAAUCACAGCGCCAAGUGGUUCACCUCGAAACCUGACCAACGUAACCAUGGAAACCAGCACCGGGAGCGCCUCAGUCAAUAAAGUAAAGUCACAGGAGAAGAAUAAAGAAAUCAGAGCGACUAGUCAACCCACGACACCGAUGCGAAAGCAACCUGUAGCAAUUACUCAGCAAAUGCCUUUUCAUCAACCUGAAAGAGAGGAAGCUAGUACUGCAAUGAAAGAGAGCGAGCAAGAACAGAUUAAAGAUACAGAUGAGACUCCACAAAUUAGACAGGAUGAUCUCAGUUAUAGAAGUGAGCAAAAAGCCCCUGUGAUUGAAGAAUCAGAGACUGAUGAUUGUUAUUCAGGUGAUAUUGCUGCCUGUCCAGUUCGUCCUACCACUGUGCCAAAUACAACAACAGAGACCCACUCCAAUCAGAUGCACAGAAACAUAAACAGAGAAGGAGGGUUAGUACGCACAACGGGUUUCAGAGGCCCAAGGGGAUAUCGAGGCCCACCUGGCUUGUCAGGUCCUCCAGGUGAAAAAGGAGACAAAGGCUACGCGGGAGUGAUGGGCCGGACGGGCCGGACAGGGUACAGAGGACCGAUUGGACCACCCGGCAUGCCUGCUAUUAUAGUCUGGUACACAUCAGAAGAAGAAUGGCAAGCACUCAAGAGAGUGAAGGGAUUACCAGGAACUUUGGGACCACGUGGAGAUCCUGGACCACCCGGAAGAAUAGGUCCAGUUGGAAUGCCAGGGCCACCUGGAAGACCAGGACCAGAGGGCACAGCUGGGAAGGACGGGGAGAAGGGCCCACCAGGAACACCUGGGGAGGAUGGCCCAAAAGGUUAUGCAGGAGAGAAAGGCAGUAAAGGGGAGCUGGGUGAGUGGGGUGAUCUUGGCGAACAGGGGCCUCAGGGAACCAAAGAAAGAAAAGGAGAGAUGGGGCCACCUGGACCUAGAGGACCACAGGGAUUCAUGGGCCCACCUGGUCCACCGGGACAGACAGGGGGGCUUGGGUUCACUGGAUCACCAGGACCACCAGGUCGCACAGGACCGAGAGGGUUGAAGGGAGUUCCAGGCGUCAACGGACCCCCUGGACAACUUGGUGAGAUGGGGCCAAGGGGACCACCUGGCAAACCAGGAGAGGAAGGGCCUGAUGGUAUUAUCGGUAUUCCUGGUGUUCCUGGACCACAGGGAAAACCAGGUGGCAAUGGACCACCAGGUCAAAAAGGAGACCCUGGAGAUACAGGAAUUGAGGGAGACAUUGGGAGUCCAGGACCACCGGGUAUAAAAGGUGCCAAUGGAAAUCCAGGAAUACAUGGACCCUCAGGUGAUCCAGGUCCUCCGGGGUUGCCAGGUAAACAGGGAUUCAGAGGCAGAGGAGGGCGGUCUGGUGUACAGGGAGAGAUUGGCCCUACUGGACCUGCUGGUUUACCAGGGCCCACGGGCUAUGAUGGUCCUAUUGGAGAUCCGGGGAGAGAGGGAAAAGAUGGACUUAAGGGAGAGAGAGGCCCCCCUGGUAUCCAAGGUGUUCCUGGAACACGAGGUGACAAGGGUCGGACUGGCCGAGGGGGAUUUGCUGGUUUUCUAGGACCUUUGGGACUGCAGGGUGUUUCAGGGAGUAGAGGACAGGACGGCACUCACGGAGCACCUGGAUCUGUUGGACCACAUGGAUCAGAUGGAGAUAGAGGACCUCAGGGUCCCCGGGGUUUACAGGGAAGGAGUGGUGCAUCAGGAAUCCAAGGUCCCGUUGGAAAAAGUGGUGUCAAAGGCAGAGAGGGUUCAGUAGGGUUUCAUGGCAGUCAUGGGGAGAAGGGGAAAAAUGGCCCUGAGGGGCCCAAAGGAGAACCCGGUCAGCCAGGUCCUCGAGGCCUACCAGGAGAGAAGGGCUACAAAGGACCUGCUGGCCCACAAGGAAACAUAGGCCAGUGGGGUGAGACAGGUCUGCAGGGGCCGGUAGGAAAUCAAGGGCCCAGAGGACCACCUGGGCUGCAUGGAGUGGCUGGGUACCCAGGUAAAGAUGGACUACCUGGACCCCUCGGACCUCCAGGAGAUAAGGGCAAUAAGGGACUGAGAGGAGCCAGUGGACUGAAGGGAGUUGCCGGUAUCGAUGGUGAGGAGGGCCCAGUGGGUGAAACUGGACCAGUUGGACCAGUAGGAAGUAAAGGCUUGCCUGGUGAGAAGGGUAAAGAAGGAUCUUUUGGUGAUCGUGGCCCAAAAGGAAUCCAAGGAGAGAGUGGAAAUCGAGGACCACCUGGAGUCAAAGGACCAAAAGGACAAGAAGGGUCGAGUGGUGCCCCUGGGCAGAAGGGAGAUCCUGGAUCCCCUGGUGAAAAAAGUCAGCCAGGUGUGAGAGGUCACUCGGGUUUGGUUGGAAAAUACGGUCCUGGGGGGAACAUGGGAGAAUCUGGUGAAAAAGGCGACAAAGGUCUAUGUGGACUUGUUGGCGCGACAGGAACAAAUGGGCCUCCAGGUUCAAAUGGUGCUAUUGGGUUACCGGGUUUGCCAGGAAAAGAAGGAUUUGUUGGAAAAACUGGAAAACAUGGACCAAAAGGAGAGCCUGGAGUUAAAGGGAAUCCAGGCGGCCCUGGGAAGAUUGGAUCAAUUGGUGUUUCAGGUCCAAGUGGGAAGAAAGGAGAGCCUGGAACAAGAGGCAAAAUGGGACCAAUGGAUCAGCCAGGAGCUGUGGGUCCUCGUGGACUAAAGGGAAAACCAGGAUCUUCAGGACCUCCAGGGGAAAAAGGAUUCAAGGGUCAACCAGGGCCAAAAGGUGACAUUGGAUUCCGAGGACCUCCAGGGAAACCAGGUCCUUCAGGUAGUGCUGUAAUCAAUUUACCAGCCUCUCCAUCACAGGGCUCUGAAGGACCCAGAGGGAAACCAGGGCCCACCGGGCUGAUAGGACCAAAGAGGAUUCUGGGACUUCAAGGUGAAAAGGGAGAUGUCGGACAAAAAGGACCAAAGGGCCAUGUUGGUAUUAGAGGAUUGCAAGGGCCCAUUGGACCACCAGGAGAAAAGGGAAAGCAAGGUGUUCCAGGGUACAAGGGACGUCCUGGGUCAAAAGGUAUAAAGGGCGAAGCUGGUGCUAGUGGGCCUUCUGGUAGCAAAGGAUUCCCUGGUUCACCUUUCUGA